CCUUUAUCUCGCUCCACUUUCACUCUCCACUCUCACUCACUCUUCUUUGCUCAUGUGAGGAACAAGUCUCUGCUGCAGUCACGGCCACCAUGCAGUCUGUUGCUCGUCCGCUUUGCCGGCAGCUCACACGCCAGGCACGACAACUCCGCGUCCCCAAUGCCUCUCGCGCCCUCGUUGCGACUGCUCCGCAGCUGUCGCGACGGAACUAUGCCUCGCACCGCUCUGACGGCCGCGAUGCUCGCUCUGCCGUUAUCAGCGUGCUGAACAACAUUGCCUCCAAGCGCGAAGUCCAGCAGUACCUUGCUCAAUUCACAUCCGUCUCCUCACAGCAGUUCGCAGUCAUCAAGGUCGGAGGAGCCAUUCUUACGGACUACAUCGAUGUGCUAUGUGCUUCGCUGCGCAACCUCAACCAGAUGGGGCUGUACCCUGUCAUCAUUCAUGGUGCAGGUCCCCAGCUGAACAAACUCCUCGAGGAAGCUGGUGUUGAGCCACAAUACAAUGAGGGCAUUCGUAUCACGGACGGCAAGACGCUGGGAGUGGCCAGGAAAUUGUUCUUGGAGGAGAACUUGAAGCUGGUGGAGGCUUUGGAGUCGUGGGGCGUCAAGGCACGGCCGAUCACCAGCGGUGUUCUCAUGGCGGACUACAAGGAUAAAGAGACGUAUCAAUUUGUUGGAGAGGUCAACCAGGUCAAUGCAAACAGCAUCAAGGCUGCGAUUGCCGAUGGGUAUAUUCCGGUCUUGACGUGCAUGGCUGAGAACGAUGAAGGCCAGCUCUUGAACGUCAAUGCCGACAAAGCGGCUGCUGAGCUCGCCAAAGCUCUCGUCCCACUCAAGAUUGUGUAUCUCUCUGAGAAGGGUGGUAUUCACGACAAGGAGACUGGUAAGCUGAUCGAGGCUAUCAACCUGGACGAGGAGUACGACGAGUACAUGAAGAAGCCAUGGGUCAUUCAUGGCACACGCAGCAAGAUUCGGGACAUUAAGACUCUCCUUGACGACCUGCCGCGCAGCUCUUCCGUUGCUAUCAUUCACCCAGAGAGCUUGGAGCGCGAACUUUUCACCCACUCUGGUGCUGGCACUCUCAUCCGCAAGGGAACUAAACUUCACUCAGCAUCGUCCUUGAAGGAGUUCUCAAAUCUCGGCAAGCUGAAGGACGCACUCGCCCGUGAUCGUGAGGGGCCCGAUGCCGCCAACGUGGUCGAUAGAUAUGUUGAAAUCCUGGAGUCGCGACCCUUCCAGGCAUAUUUCGAUGAGAACAUGGAGGCAUUGGCAGUUGUGCUUCCGCCUGAUGAGGCCCCAAACGCUAUGGCACAGCUCGCCACUCUUACCAUGACCAGGAAUGCAUGGCUCUCUAACAUAGCUGAUAAUGUCUUCCAAAACCUGAAGCGCGACUUCCCACGCUUGGCUUGGACCGUCAAGCAGGACGACGAAAAUUUGACGUGGUUCAGCGAGAAGGCAGACGGACAUCUUGCACGCGACGGUGAUGUUCUCUUUUGGUAUGGCCUUGGUGGCGCCAACGAGGUUCGCGAUCUCAUGAGCGAAUUCAUCAAGCACGGACGUAAGAUGUUCGGCGAUACCAACCUGGAAUCCCACUUGCACCGCUCAAACCCCACUGCGGAUCGCAUACGUGCUCAUGCUGCCAAAAUGGCUGGCGGCAGACCUACGGGAGCACGUGCUUUCAGCACAAAUGCCAGGCCAAGAAGACAUAUUCGCACAGAUGGUCUGCAGCAGGUGAGGACUUAUUCGACGACUAACCCGAAUCCACCUCUUGGGAUCAAGAACCGUGAAAAGGACUAUCCAUCGAAAGUCGCGCUCAUCGGUGCCCGUGGCUACACUGGAAAGGCACUCAUUGACCUGCUCAACAAACAUCCAAACUUCGAUUUGUGCCAUGUCUCGUCUCGUGAAUUGAAGGGACAAGAGCUCAAGGGCUACGAGAAGAAGAAGAUCAUCUACGAGAGCCUGUCACCGGACGAUGUUCGCAAGAUGGCGGAGAGGAAGGAAAUUGAUUGCUGGGUCAUGGCCCUGCCAAAUGGUGUGUGCAAGCCUUACGUUGAUGCUAUUGAGGAAUCUGGUCACCAAGAGGCCGUCAUUGUGGAUUUGUCUGCCGAUUACCGAUUCGACUCCAACUGGACCUACGGUCUGCCUGAGCUUGUGCAGCGACACAAGAUCGCUUCGGCAACGCGCAUUAGCAACCCUGGCUGCUACGCCACAGCAGCACAGCUGGGGAUUGCUCCAUUGGUACCUCACCUCCCGCCCUUCCCGGCACAACCCACAGUCUUCGGCGUAUCUGGCUACUCUGGAGCCGGCACCAAGCCAUCUCCAAAGAACGAUGUCAAUGUUCUGAAGGACAACCUGAUCGCCUAUUCUUUGACGGAUCAUAUCCAUGAGCGCGAGAUCUCUUCUCAACUUGGGACAGAAGUGGCUUUUAUUCCUCAUGUCGCAGUCUGGUUUCAAGGUAUCCACCACACUAUUUCCAUCCCUCUCGCUGAGAAGAUGGCUAGCCGAGAUGUGCGACAACUCUACCAAGAUCGCUUCGACAAGGAGAAGCUGGUCAGGAUCACCGGAGAAUCGCCUCAGGUCAAGAACAUUGCCGGCAAGCAUGGCGUGGAGAUUGGUGGCUUCGCUGUGCACUCGAGCGGCAAGCGAGCGGUCAUUAACGUGACCAUUGAUAACCUGCUGAAAGGUGCUGCAACACAAUGCUUGCAGAACAUGAACCUUGCGCUUGGGUACAGCGAGUACGAGGGAAUCCCGCUUGACUAAACGGCCACUGCUACCAACCGUCUGUUUGCGGUUCACCGGCGGCAUGUUACUGCACGCUUCGACCAGCCGAUCUGCAGAGAGACGAUUUCGCCUCAGAUAAGUCCAAGUCCACGCAAGGCGUCUGGGUGCACAAUUAUUAGCGGUGUUGCGGGAGUGCGAAGGGUACUCUAAUCGAGCUUCGGGCUAUCGAUGUGAUUGUGGAUGUCUCAAUAUCAUACCCCGACUAGAUAGACCAUGUAUUUAAAGCUGCCUCCGCGGGUUGUAAGAUACUGCUUGUGGCCAUUGACAUUGAGUAAAGCAAUUGAUCAAUCAAAUUUGAUGAGACCCC